AUGGUCCACACAAUCUACAGUACAGACCUGAACCCUCCCUCACCCCUGAUGGCUAUGGUCCACACAAUCUACAGUACAGACCUGAACCCUCCCUCAACCCUGAUGGCUAUGGUCCACACCAUCUACAGUACAGACCUGAACCCUCCCUCACCCCUGAAGGCUAUGUACAGACCUGAACCCUCCCUCACCCCUGAUGGCUAUGCUCCACACCAGUGUCUCUACAUUACAUACCUGAACCCUCCCUCACCCCUGAUGGCUAUGGUCCACACCAGUGUCUCUACGUACAGACCUGAACCCUCCCUCACCCCUGAUGGCUAUGCUCCACACCAGUGUCUCUACGGUACAGACCUGAACUCUCCCUCACCCCUGAUGGCUAUUGUCCACACCAUCUACAGUACAGACUUGAACCCUCCCUCACCGCUGAUGGCUAUUGUCCACACCUGUGUCUCUACAUACAGACCUGAACCCUCCCUCACCCCUGAUGGCUAUGGUCCACACCAGUGUCUCUACGGUACAGACCUGAACCCUCCCUCACCGCUGAUGGCUAUUGUCCACACUUGUGUCUCUACAUACAGACCUGAACCCUCCCUCACCCCUGAUGGCUAUGCUCCACACCAGUGUCUCUACGGUACAGACCUGAACCCUCCCUCACCCCUGAUGGCUAUGGUCCACACCAUCUACAGUACAGACCUGAACCCUCCCUCACCCCUGAUGGCUAUUGUCCACACCAGUGUCUCUACAGAUGCACUCCACAUCCUGUCCCAGCCUGACUUUGUCACACCAGGCCACAUUAUUAUUCCCACCGGCACCAACAACCUGCUAGAGGAGCAGGAGAGAGUAGGCAGCCUGGUCAACAGAGCAGCAGAGAGGGCCUCUGAGUGGUUCCCCAACUCCCACAUCACCAUCUCCACUCUGCUGCCCCGGAAAGACUUUCAUCCCCGUACCAUUCAGAAAGUCAACGCUGACAUCACCAGAGGGACAUGGCACUUGGUAGACAAACACCCCAUGCCGCACUGGACAGAGGACCACCCAGAGACCCCUACCAGACCACUGCACCACCAAGGAGCCCCAGGCCCCCUCAAAGCCCCACCAGAGCCAGCGCUCCCCACAGGCCCCACCCACCACCAGAGCAUCACCACCUACAUCGGCUUAACCAGACUGGACCAGGCCCAGCCUACUACCCAGCACCAGACCACCACCUCUACCAGACCAGAGAGGAAGCCUCCCGGCCCAGACCUGGCCCCCCUCCACUCCACAGGGCCCAACAGCAGGACCAGCGCAGCUACACGGAGGUCCUCAGAAGAUAGUAGAACGCUCAGCACCCCUCAGCAGGCAGACCCCACCCAGCGCAACCCACCCCUACCGACCCCACCCUACAGCACAGACCCACCCCCACAGCAGACAGACCCACCGAGCAGGCGACCCACCCCCUACAGCAAGCAGACCCACCCAUACAGCAGGCAGACCCACUCCUACAGCAGACAGACCUACCCUACAGCGGAGAGUCAGACCCACCCCUACAGCAGGCAGACCUACCCUCAGAUCAGGCAGACCCACCCCCUACAUCGAGCCCAGACCCACCCCUACAGCAGGCAGACCCACCCCUACACAGGGCAGACCCACCACUACAUCCCAGGCAGACCCACACAAACGGGCGGACCCACCCUACGGCGGGCCCGCCAUCCCCCUACAAGGCUGACCCACCACUACAUCCAAGCCGACCCCACCCCUACAGCAGGCUACCCCCACCAGGCAGACCCACCCUACAGCGGCGACACCACCCCUACAGCAGGCAGUCUCCACCCCCCUACAGCAGCCUGGGUGCUGACCACCACUCCACAGCAGAGACAGACCCCACCCCUGACCCGGGCUGACCACCGCUACAGCAGGCUGAUCACACCCCUACAACAGGCAGACCCACCCUCCCUGACGGGCAGUCCACUCCUACGGCAACAACCCCCCUGCAGCAGGCAGACCCACCCUGCAACGACAACCCACCCCUACAGCGGAGACAGACCACCCCUGCAGCAGGGAGACAGGCCCACCCCUGCAGCAGGGAGACAGACCCACCCCUACAGCAGGGAGACGGGCCGGCCCCUACAGCAGGAGGCAGGCCCAUCCCUGCCUGACAACAGACCCACCCGUUGCAGCAGGCAGAUUACCCCAACAGCAGAGUCAGACCCACCCUACAGCAGACAGAUACACCUACAGCCGGAAAGUCAGACCCACCCCUACAGCGGGCGGACCACCCCUACAGCAGGCUGA